GUUCAGCGGCGCCGGCCGCCUCCACGAUUCCCCCCGUCUCUGCCUAUCUCACGGCCACCGCUGGCGUACUUCACCGGCUUCCGCGCCUUCGGUCUCGUCGCAAGAAGAAAUCUUCAACACCCUCAAGAUCCACUUCAAAUCUUCAAGAUCCUCAGAUCCACUUCUCUCUCUCUCUCUCUCUCUCUCUCUCCCUCUCUCUCUCUGGCAAUGGCACAGGCCAUAGACUUCUCACAAACCCAGCGCGUAGUACUCCUCAUAGACCUCCACCCUCUCCUCCAUCUCCAAAACCCUUCUUCAUUUCUCAAAACCCUAAUCUCCUCCGUCCAAACCCUCCUCUCCUUCCCUCCUCUUUCCUCCUCGCUCUUCUCCUUCAGGCUCUUUUUCUCCUCCCUUUCCCCUCUCCGCUCCUUCUCCAAGCUCCACCCCUUCUUCCGCAACUCUGCUUAUUCCUCCCUCUCAUUCCACCACCCUCCCCACACCCUCUCCUCUCUCACCCACAUCCUCAAUUCUCUCUCCGCUCUUCCGGAUCCUGAAAACUCGCCCAAUUCACCCAGCGCUUCGCUUGCUGCCAGCUCGCUGCUGCAGCUCGUGCAUGACUAUGCAUGGGAUCCCCCAAUUCACGACCCCUUAGGUAAGAAUUCUCCCAUUGUUCGAUCAAAUUUGGUUAUUUUAUUUUCUCCGAUUGCCCGGUCUUUGAAAUGCUUAUCCGAGUUUAUGAAUGUGGAUUUGGGCGAUGAGUUGUUGAGUAAUGUCGAUGUUUUUUGUAAGAAAUUUCGUGAAUGUUAUGGGGCUGUUAGUGAGGCAUUUGUUAGUAGAGAUAUUCAUUGCAGCUGGGUUGAUGUUAAGUAUGAAUUGGAGUAUGAUGAGGGUAAGGUCGGAAUCAAUGAGUCUGUUGUGAAAUUGGGAUAUUUUGAGAGUGGGAUUAAGAGUCUGGGGUGGGGGUUUUGCUCAACUGAAUCAAUUGUUCUGGGUUCUUCCCUUGUCCCUUUUGGAUUAAUUUAUCCAAAAAUUGGCAUGUUACCAAAUUUCUUUGAUGGCGGUGAUGGUUGCAAGGCAAUUCAUGCACAAUUGACUCUUGAGAUCUCAGAUGUAAAUGGGAAUCCUUUGGAGUGCAAGUGUUGUGAUCUUGAUUUGAUUAACCCAAAGACAUUGAAUGGGCAUGAAUAUGAUCUUGUUUUGCAUAACAAGGAUGCUAUAAAUCUAGAAACCAGUGGUUAUGAACAAAAGAAUACAUUUUGGGGGCAGUUUGAUCAUGGGGUGACAAGUAUUAAUGUCAGGGCUGUGCAGAAGCAUAGCACAUUUAUUAAAAUUGAGGGAUGCUUUUCUGAUGUUAUUCUAUUACAUGGAUCCUCUUUGAAAAUUGGGAAAGAACGAAAUGAAAUUUCUGCCAAUUUUUUUGCUGAUAGGGUUCUUGAAAUGCUAUUAAAAGAAACAAGCCAAUUCAUGCAGAGGAAAGCCAUUCCCAUUUGGCCAAUUUUUCUGAGUUUCAUGCACAGGGAAGGUUAUUGGGCUCUGGUGUCUUUUUCAAAUGGUAAUGAAAAUUCAUGCACGGGAAUCCUCAAGCCUUUCACUGUUUAUUCAGCUCUUAUUUAUAUCAUAGACAAUGGCAUCCUCCCUCCAAACAUGACUGAUUGUUUAGGUGGUCAGCAUGCCAUUCGGUUUACCAAGGAGACAAAUCAGGUUUGCAUGCCAAAUAUCAAUAUGGGCUCCUCAAAUGAGUUUUUUCACUCCCAAUCUGGGACUUCUUCAUUGGAAAGGUCUGUAGCGCUAGAGGAUGGAAAACAAAAAAAAGUUAAAAAACAUUUACAUCUGCCCAAGGAUCUUACUUGGAAUGCCUUUUGUAAGGAGGCCAUUGAACAUUCUGAAAUGGUUCUUGAAGAUGUCUAUUUUGCUAGGGGAUGUAAUAACUCAAAGAAGUUGAAAUUUUUAAAAUGCUGGAUAAAACAGAUCAAGAAAUCUGACAGUUUAUGUCGUCCCACACCGGAUGGAGUCCAGCCUCAUCUGGACAUUUCAGAAGAAAUAGAAGAACAACUAAAUAAGUUGCACCAAGAAAGUGGACAGCCAGUUUCUUCUUCUAUCUCUGCUGGGGAGGAUUUGUUGACUAGAACUUCAGGAAUGCCAGAAGGAACUGCAUUUUUGGCUAGAACAGAAAAUCCUGAAGCUUUUUUCAGUAGUCUUUCAGUAAAAAUUCAACAUGGAUUUGAAUCUGAAGGAGUAGACCUGAGGGCUCUGGCUGAGAGACUUGUGCAUUCGUCCAUUCGUUUUUUAUAUCAAAAGCGCACAAUAUAUUCCAAUUUGGAGAAUCAAAGCCCUGUGGCAGAAUCAGAUGAUAUUAGCAAUUGGAUAGUUCCUGAAGUGACAAGACUUCUUCUAGUUGACCCUAAGGAUUUGACAGCAAAACACAAAUGUAAUGAUUCAUCAAUUCUAGCAUCUGAUCCAAAGUCUACCGUACUAACCUCAGUAAAUAUAGUUAGAGAAUAUGAAUUGCAAAUUUUGUUUCGGAUGGAGAUUCUACAGUCAGAGAUUGCAGUUGGUAUUCAGGAAUCUAUGAAAUUGAAGUUUGUGAGGCAAAUUUGCUUACUUUUAGAGAAGAUACAGUGCCAUCUGGAAGGAGGCUUUUUUGGUGAUGCAAGCCUUGAUAAUUAUGUAGAAAGGACCAUAAAAAGCAGUCUUAUCCUGGAAGAUACUUGGCUGCUUUGGUUUGUUUACCGGUGUUGUAGUCUGUCAAAGAUAUUCUCACACCCUUGAAGAUGUGGUCCACAGAAUCUACAGAAAAAUGGAUUUGUUGCUUUUUGCUGAUGAGGGUGAAGCCCCUAAUCCUUUUCUCAACAGCGAGGAUAGUAAUCAAUCCUGGAGAGACAAACAACCCAGAGAAGAGGGAGGCAAAAAAAAUGUAACUAAUGAACCAAUCUCAGCAGAAGAUGAUUCUUCCCAACCACUGGAAAAUGCUAAUAUGAGCUCCCAAGUGGUCCGGAUCGAGGAGCAUGCCUGCAGGCUAAUUGAAGCCCAGGAGAGGAGAGAGAGGGCUCGCAGAUUUGCAUCUUUCACAAGUUGGAUGCCGGAUUUGCAGAGAGUUUGGGCCCCAAAGCAGCUUAAGGCAAUGAAAGGAAAGUCAUAUCCUGUCCAGAAGCUGGAAAAGAGGAAAGACCGAAGGGAAAGCUAUGACAUGGUAUGUGAAACCCCAAUGACAGGAAAGAAACGUUCAUGCCAAAGAGGAAACAAUGUCGGCAUGGAAGAUGAGGAAAAUUCUGCCAUGAACUCAGGUGGCUCUGUUUCUAAAGCUUUGUUUCAGGAUAACUGAUUUAACGGCCAGCAAUGCCAGUAACAUUUCUUGAGCAGCGAGGACCAAUUGCUUGCACAUAGAAGCUGUUCAUGAAGAGGAUGUAAGCUAGACAAUGACCAGGCUAGCUUUCUUGCAUGUGCAGACCAACUGUAACAAGUCACAUAGAAAAUUUAACCAACAUAAGAUGGUUGGAAUUUUAGAUCCAUGUACACAAAAUGGGUGGCUUUUUAUUUAUCUUAUUGUAACCUUCAUGUGGCGGUUGUAUAUCAUUAAUUCAUUCUCUACUGGUUCUGUAUCUCAAAAAAUAAAAAAAAUGAUAAAAUAAAGUCUCGAGUUUUUUUUUGUUCUUCUAAAAUGAGAAAA